AUGCACAGUACAUACUGUACCGAAUGUUGUUCCACCACAGCAAAACCCCAGUUGGGAACAGCCUUGGAGCACACCUUACACGACAUGAUCUUCAUUCAGCGCUUCCGUCGAUCAUUCCCCCCCUCAAAUUCUAGUAUGGAAACCCCAUCUAUCUGUGUGUGGUGGCCCCCGUUUUUGUUUGCAGAUCCCAAAAGCACAUUCUUUUUCUUCUCUUUGCAGCACAUAAAUCAGCGUAGACACCCAGAUCAAAAGCCACUCGCAGACCCUGAGGUAGUUGCCGGCAACCCGCUCGUGGAGAAGGUUAACAAAAGCCCGCCAAUCGGGGGCGGUUGUUCAUCACCAAAAAGAGAAUUUGCCUGUUUCCGUCUCUUCUAG